AAAUCAUUACCAAAAAAUCAUCGAAACGCAUUUUGGUAAUAAACAAAAGCAACGCAAUCCUUAAGAUUACACCAACACAGCGAAAAGUUCGUUUGUGUGCAUGUGUUUCUUAAUCUCGAUUGCGUGGGCUCGAACGCUUCUGAUCGACGGUGAUCGCGCGGUAUCUUAAGAGAGCCUUUGCUUCGAGAGCGAUCUGCGAUCGUUCGAAACAUGGCAAGAUGUAUAUCUCUCCAUCGCGCUCUGGUAGGGCUCUGUCAUCCUGGCCAGCACGUUCGCUCAGUUCGCAUCUUGCUGUAAGUGUGAAUGGAUCGACACUUUCCAGAGCCGAGAUCGAGCGGCGAGAGUGUAAAGAUCGUCUAACGGCCACCUGAGCGUAUUACGGCCACCAUCUUACGGUAAUCGUGAUCUGCGUGCGUGUGCGCAAACCAGUGACCAGUGUGCAACAACCUGCCCAAGCCAGCUCUCUGGCUAGCCAACGUUUGCUGCCAGCAAACCGAGCACCGAUUCGCGCGGUUGCCCGCCAUCUAACGGGUUCUCGGUGAGGAAUUCUUCGGCUGCCCUAGUAAAAAAAAACUUUAGUGCAGACAGAAUUCAGCCUCCGGGAGUUUAACAGUUUGGUGCGUUGGACGAACCGAAGAAGCCGUCCAACAUUUAGUGCUUCGUACAAAGGAAAUCAACCCACGUUCCGUUGUGUGUGUGUCUGUGUGUUCGUUUAUAUCAAAUGCGUGUGUGACAAGCAGCAACCGUCCAAAACUCACCCAAAUAUGACGCCAAUAAUUGCCGACAAUUUGCCCAGGCUGUUGCUGCUGCUCGCGUGUGCCCUAGCUUCCGUUUCGUGUGCGUGGCGCCCGUGCACCGAUCUAGACGCGCUGCUGAAAAUACCGUGCCGAUGCAACAUUGAGACCGCUGGGAACAACAGUCAGUACGUGUUCGUGAACGUAAACUGCGAUCGGACCACGCUAACAGCCCCGUUUCCGAGUGGCAUUCCGAUAAUCUCAUUUUCGCAGCGCAACAGUGGCCAUCAAACAUUGCCGGAUCUAGCCAUCCUUAAUGCGCCCGUGAGAAAGCUCGACUUCUCCAACAAUGCACUUCGAUCUUUCGGCACCAAAACACUGUUCGGUAGUGUGGCCGAAUAUCUUACCGAGCUGCGAUUGGCAAACAAUCUGCUCGGUGACAGCUUGAAUCCAAUAUUUUCUACCGAUGUCCUGCAGGCGCUUCAAGCGCUCAAGGUACUCGACCUGUCCGGCAAUCGUAUUAUCGCACUCGAGGAAAGCAUUUUCGAUGGCAAUCGACGGCUAGUGGAGCUGUAUCUGGACCAAAACAAGAUCACCACGAUCCCUGUUGCGGCUUUAAAGGGUUUGACAAGCUUAAAGUUACUAUCGCUGCGAAGCAAUCGUAUCGAUUCGCUGGAACCGGAUGCGUUCAACUUUGCCAACAAGCUGGAACGGUUGGAUCUGCGCAAUAAUCGUAUUCGCAGCCUAAAAUCGAAAGCCUUCGCUAAUCUGGGCAGCAUGAAGGAGGUCUUGCUGGCGGGCAAUCAGCUGAGCCACAUUGAUGAGCGUGCCUUGGCCGGGAUGGACAUACUGCAGAAAUUGGACCUCUCCGACAACUUGCUGUCCGAGUUCCCGUCGGAAGCGCUCGGGUCUGUAGUGUCGCUGAAGGUACUGAAUGUAUCGCUAAACAAUAUUGCCAAACUGGAAUCAAACCACUUGGCGCAGAUGAAAAACCUGCAGAUUCUUGACAUCAGCCGAAACACGAUCGCCACCAUCCUGCCGGGAACGUUCCGCGAACAGCUACUGCUCAAGUACCUUGACCUUAGUCUCAAUUCUCUCCGCACGAUCGAAGAUGAUGCAUUCGAAGGAUUGGACAACCUGCAAACACUCAUUCUUCGCGACAACAACAUACUCUUCAUCCCAGGCAGUGCGCUCGGUCGGUUGCCAAAGCUGUCGAACCUGUACCUGGACUUUAACCGCGUUGCAGCACUAUCGUCGAGCAUACUGAAAUCGAUACAGCCGGAAAAUAUUCGCUACCUUUCGUUGUCCCGCAACGUGAUCCGGGAGCUGCCGGGCGAUAGUUUUGCCGCCUUCCGCAAGCUUAUAUAUCUGGACAUUUCGGGCAACAGUCUGGGGGUGAUCGGCGAGGACACGUUCAAAGGGCUUGAGGGAACGCUGCUAGAGAUUAAACUAUCCUUCAAUCGUAUUGCAUCGCUUCGCAAGAUCGUGCUGCCGAAGUUGCGCCGACUGGACUUAAGCUCGAACAGUAUCGACGAUCUUGCGAUUGAUUCGUUCCACAGCUUGAACAAUCUGCUUUAUCUAAACAUGAGUGGCAACGAGCACAUCGGACAGGUAACGCGCACUAUGAUCUACCCGUUGACGAAGCUGCAGGUGAUCGACAUUAGCCACUGCGGGCUGAAGAUGGUACAGGCCGAUCUGUUCCACAACAACACCGAUCUGCGCAUUGCGCUGCUUAACCAUAACCAGCUGAAGGUGAUCGAGGAAGGCACGUUUUUGAAUCUGAACAAUCUGUUCGAUUUGUCGCUUGCCGACAAUGGUUUGGAGCAGUUGCGUCCACGCUCGUUUGUUAACACGGUUAAUCUACGUUCGCUGAACCUGCGACAGAACGCUUUGCAGGAGCUGCGUGCUGAUAUGUUCACGACGGAGACCGCUCUCGAGAUGCUCGAUGUGUCGCACAACAUGCUUAAGAGCUUCACUUCCAACACGCUGAAGAUACAUCCGCGCCUGAGAAAGAUUCUGCUCGCCAACAACCGGUUGGAGGUAUUUCCACCUGAACUGAUCGCCGGCCUGGAUCAUCUUGAGGUGAUCGAUCUUUCGGGCAAUCGGCUCUCUACCAUACAGCAGCUCGACUUCGGACGCUUGGUGAACCUGCGAGAGCUUUACCUGCGUUCGAACGUGAUCGACUCAGUGCAGGACAUGGCGUUCCACAAUUCCUCCCAGCUCCAAAUUCUAGAUCUUGCCGCGAACCGACUCGAUCGUUUGUCUGAACGUUCGUUCGAAGGUACGCUGCGUCUGGAGCUGCUUGAUCUUAGUGAUAACAAACUGACCAGCCUCCCGGAGCAAGUCCUGGCCAAGAGUCGCGUACAACGGCUCGAGCGUGUUUCGCUUGCCGGUAACAAGUUGGCCAGCGUCCCGGUGGCGGCCUUCGGUGAUCAACACGACACACUGCAAACGCUCGAUCUGAGUCACAACAUGAUCCGUGAAGUACCGCGCGCAGGUCAUAUGCUGAUGAUCAACACAAAACAUUUCGACUUUUCCUACAAUCCGCUCACACCCGAGGCAAUCGCUACCGUGCUUGGGCAGCCGAAAACAGUACGAUCACUGAAUCUAGCCGGUACGGGCGUCCGUGAGCUGCCAGUACUCGAGACACCGUAUCUGCGGAGUCUAAACUUGUCGUACAACAACGUCUCCGCGGUAAGUUCCAAAGCAUUCGAAAAGGUAACGCUGCUAGAACGUUUGGAUCUGUCCCACAACUCAAUCAUCGAUGCGGAUGGAUUGCGCGAUAUUUGGCCAAAGUUGGGUCUGCUCGGAUAUCUCGACCUUUCGAGCAAUCCGAUCCGCACGAUCACCGCACACACGUUCGAACGGCUGGACGGUCUGACGGAGCUCUACAUUCGCGAGCUGCCCGAACUGGCACGGCUCGAGAAGAACGCAUUCAAGCCAUUAAAGGAUCUUGCCGUACUGGAAGCGUAUCAGUACGCCAAGCUCGGCUACAUCGAUGUACAGGGCAUUGUGCAAGAGUUGCCGGCAUUGGCUGCGGUCGACAUCGAGGCAAAGGAUGCCAAUCUCGAGUCGGAUCAGCUACAAGUUUUGCACCAUCCCAAGCUGCACACGCUGGGACUGCAUGGUUACGCGCUGCAGAGUCUCUCGUCCGGUGCGUUCGCUGGUCUUCGCAACAAGUAUCUCACCGUCCGAUUGCACAACACUUCGCUGACUGCAUUGCCACCGGCUCUACUGCUACCACUGCCCCGAUCGGCCCACAUUGACUUCAGUAUCGCCGGUUCGAAGGUCAGCACACUGACGCAACCGUUCCUAAGCUCGCUGGAUGAUCGGAAAAACAGCAUCCAGAUCGAUGGACUUGCAACGAACCCGGUACGAUGCGACUGCCAGGCCCGUGCCUUCCGUCGGUGGAUUCUGGCCACGAAGGUAAGCGAUGUACGGUGCGCUAGUCCGGCACCCGUAGCUGGCAAGCUGCUUACGGAGGUCGGUGACAUCGAGCUGGUGUGUGACAAUCGUAGCAAAUCACCCACCAACCCUACCCAACCGAUGUUGUCCAGCACUGGGACCGUCCUCAGUACCGGCACUCGCACUACGCCAACGAUCAGCUUCUACAACUACACGUCCGAGGUGCAGAUGACGAAGUCUGCUGCUACCACCGAGCAUGACAUCAUCUGGAGCAUGCCGCCCGUAUCUUCAUCCUCGACGACAACCCGUUCCAAGGGGUCCAAAUCAAAGAUUGCCUCAGCAGCGAUGCCACCGCUGAAGAAGAUGCCCUCCGCAAAUGACGACACACUGAUCAUCGGCAUUGUUGGCGGCGUGGUGGUGUUCAUCUUUCUGCUAAUCAUCUGCAUCUGCAUCUGUCGGCUGAAGAUGAACAACGACAGUUACCAUCACCAUCAUCCCCGGGGUGGCCACCCGAUGCCGAUGGGUAUGCCCGGUACACUGCAGGUGAAUUACACAGGCAAGAAGGGUCAACCGGCGGCUAUGUAUCCGACGCUCGCACCGCCUUACGCGCAAAGUUACGCCACACUGCCCUACAAACCGAAUGGCUCACCUACGCAGGCCCGACCAAGCUAUUCAACUAUCGGCCGAAUACCGUACCAGUAUCAGAACCAUUCGCUCAUGUCCAGCCAGGCAGCGUUACACCAUCAGCAGCAACAGUCGUCCGGUCCUGGCACGCUGACACACUCGUCCCAUAAUCCUUACAUCGUGUACCAGGACGAUAAGGUAUAUCGAUGAUCGAGCGGGUCCGGAAGAAUACGAUCCCGUUGCCCAUAUGUAGCAUCAGCUGAGGCUUCCUUUGACACGGAAGUCUCAAAUUCACCCGAUCGGCUCUAACCUUGAGUUCGAAAACCGUGUGUAUGAGUGUGUGUGAAAGUGUAUGUAUCAUGUUUUUGCAUGUGCGUGCGUGCUAGAAUGUGUGUAUGCGUGUGUGUGAUUUUAAUCAUUAAUACAAUUAUUAUUGUUCAUGUUUUGCCUUACUUCCGCUGCUACUGGGCGCCUUACUAGGAGAUAGAUCUUUUCAAUUUGCGCGCUAUUACUUUUACUGAAGGGAACGUUCGUUCUCCCCCUCUCAUGAUCCUUCAUUUUUCUCUUCAUUGUUCUUUAACGGUAGAACUAGUUUGGUUUGUAAACGUUGCCUAUUCUAGGGAACAGAAAAUAAUGCUCAAUAUAAUUUUACCCUUUAGUGAACCUAUUUAAUAAACGUUUUUCACCUCUUGGUGCUGCCAAUCGAGUAGGGUAACAGUGAUCGAUCUGGCCUGUUAGAUAGUGCGGAGUGGAAUACAGUGAAACGGCGGGCUUUGUAAGUAAAUCUGCAUAAUAAAUAAAUAGAACUAAUGACAACA